ACCGGGUUGGCAUCAGAUUUCUUUUGGAACUUCUUGAGAAUCGAGAAAAUCAAAAUACACCACGCUUUCAAAAUGUUCAAAUUGUUCGCUGUUUGCUUCUUGGCUUUGUUUGCCGUCGCUUUUGGUGCUGCUAAACCCGGCUUGUUGGCUGCUGCUCCCGUUGCCUAUGCAGCUCCUGCUGUGGCUUAUACCGCUGCUGUGCCUGCUGUCGCUGCUGCUUACACUGCUGGCUAUGUGGCUCCCUACGCUAGCACCUACAAUGCCCACACUGUCGCCCACACAGCUGCCUUCCCUGCCGCCUAUGCUGCUGCACCUGUUGUAGCCGCCGCCCCAGCUGCCUAUGCUGCUGCCCCCGUUGUCACCGUUUUCAAGAAGUAAAUUGUUGAUCGAUUUGGAAUCUUUUGAAAUGCUACCCACUUUGGUUUUUAUGGAACGAAAAUAACAAUAAAAAUAAAACAAAACUUUAAUUAAAGCUCAAAAA